AUGGCGCUCAAGAACCACAGCGAGGCGGAGCGGCGCCGCAGGGAGAGGAUCAACGCGCACCUCGCCACGCUCCGGACCAUGGUGCCCUGCUCCGACAAGAUGGACAAGGCCGCGCUGCUGGCGGAGGUGAUAACCCACGUGAAGAAGCUCAAGGCCACGGCGGCGCGCAUCCGCGACCACUGCGCCGUCCCGGCCGACGCGGACGACGUCGCCGUCGAGCUGGUCCAGGGCGCGCCUCCAUCUACGACCGGCGGCGUCCUCGUCAAGGCGACGCUGAGCUGCGCCGACGGCGCCGACGUGUUCGCGGAAGUCAAGCACGCGCUGCGGCCGCUGCGGCUCAGCGUCGUGGGCUCCGAGGUCACCACGCUGGGCGGCCGCGUCCGCUUCACCUUCGUCAUCAUGUCGUCGUCGUCGUCGUGCGGCAACAGCGGCGGCGGCGACGUGGGCGCCGUCGUCGCGUCCGUGCACCAGGCGCUCCAGUCCGUCGAUCGACAGGGCCAACUCCGCGCUCGAGUUCGCGCCGAGGGCGUCGCUUCUCAACAAGCGCCGGAGGGUCUCCACGUUCGAGUCCUCCAGCUCCUCUUCUUGAACCUUGACCGAUCGGAUCGGAUGAUUCAUUCAGAGAAGACGAAGACGUACGUGUAA